AAAGAGAUCGAGCUAAUUGAUUCUGAUAGGUUUGAAGUAGGAUUUUGCAGCACAAUUUUAGUUUUGACCAACGACAAUGUUUCGGCAAAUUUCGUUUCCGAAGAUAGGUUAAGAGUGCGAUCUCAA